UCGUGGAAAGAAAAAUCUUGUAAUCCCUACAACUAUAAUAACCAGCUGAGAUGCUUGCGGGAGACAAGUAAUUGGGCAACCAAAUUUGUUUUGUUGAAAAGCUGGAGGACUAUUGAGAAAAUGGAAGGAGAAGAAGAGAGAAAUACCAUAACAGCUGCGUUGAUUAUGAGCACAUCUAUCAUGCUCUCUGUAACCGUUCUCACAAGCACCGAUUUCCACAAAACAAACUUGAUGAUCCUGCAAGCAUUUGUGAUACUGGAAACAAUGGCAGUUUAUUCCUCAGUGGGAGUGCUCAUCGUAGAUUUAUUGAUAGAGAGAGAAAAGCAGUCUCAAACACAUGUGAGCAGGCAGAUCCGCGCAGCGAUGGAAAGAAAUUUGAAGGAGAUUAUGUAUCAUGCUGAGGGAACUGUUGUGGGUGCAUAUACAGGGAAAAAGACUCGCAUACUGGAUGCCCAUUUGAGCGUACCGAUAGAUGCUCCAGGCCAGGCUAUGGUGAUGGCCAGUAUCUUUGCAGCUUACAGAAUACAUCUGAUUCAAUAAAUUUAAAAUCACUAAACAAAUUGUUUAGUGAUUUUCAAUUUAUUUGCUAAAUGAUAGAAAACUAUCUAAUAAUACAGAUUAUGUAUGUUGCGUGGGGGGCCUGUGAUAAUGAUUAUGGAAAAACAGUGGGCAUUCAUCAAUGUAACUGGUCUCAACAUUCAGGUGUUGUAACACGGUUGAUUUUAUUACAGAACACAGAAUCUUUUGAGGAGCUUAUUUUGUUUGUCUAUGUCAUUCAGCAAUGUAUUAAUAUAUAAAAUUAAAAUAGAAACGUUUCC